CGCUAUGGCCCACCCCUCCGGCCGGCCCCGCGUGUAGGAUGGUGGCGCACAACCAGGUGGCAGCCGACAAUGCAAUCUCCGCGGCAGCAGAGCCCCGACGGCGGCCCGAGCCUCCCUCCCCCUCCCCCUCCCCGCCCGCGGCGCCCGCGCCCCGGCCCUGCCCGGCCGUCCCGGCGCCGGCCCCCGGCGAGACGCACUUCCGCACGUUCCGCUCGCACGCCGAGUACCGGCGCAUCACGCGCGCCAGCGCGCUCCUCGACGCCUGCGGCUUCUACUGGGGGCCCCUGAGCGUGCACGGGGCGCACGAGCGGCUGCGCGCCGAGCCCGUGGGCACCUUCCUGGUGCGCGACAGCCGCCAGCGGAACUGCUUCUUCGCGCUCAGCGUGAAGAUGGCCUCGGGCCCCACCAGCAUCCGCGUGCACUUCCAGGCCGGCCGCUUCCACCUGGACGGCAGCCGCGAGAGCUUCGACUGCCUCUUCGAGCUGCUGGAGCACUACGUGGCGGCGCCGCGCCGCAUGCUGGGGGCCCCCCUGCGCCAGCGCCGCGUGCGGCCGCUGCAGGAGCUGUGCCGCCAGCGCAUCGUGGCCACCGUGGGCCGUGAGAACCUGGCGCGCAUCCCCCUCAACCCCGUUCUGCGUGAUUACUUGAGCUCCUUCCCCUACCAGAUCUGACUGGCAGCGCAGGCAGCAUUAACGGGGGCACCCUGUUAUUCCCUUCUAUUACUAUGAUUUCUCUGGAACCAUGGGGGUGCCCUCCCCACCUGGGUUGGAGGGAGCGGGUGGGGGCAGGGUGCCGCUCCCUCUUGGCUGGAGAGGAGGCUGCAGGCCCUCCCCACCUCUGGGGGGGGGGCGCGUCCCCCUCCUGGUGCUCCCUCUGGGUCCCCCUGGUUGUAGCAACUGUCUGGGGCCAGGACCUGAACUCCCUCCUACCUCCUCAUGUUUACAUAUACCCAGUAUCUUUGCACAAACCAGGGGUUGGGGGAGGGUCUCUGGCUUUAUUUUUCUGCUAUGCAGAAUCCUAUUUUAUAUUUUUUACACCAGUUUAGAUAAUAAACUUUAUUAUAAAAGUUUUUUUUU